ACCACAGUCCCGACGAUACAUAACCCGCGGUACCGCGUACUUCACCGUAUUCCACAUCAUCCUGAUCCCGCGCGUGAGAGGGGACCCACCGUCAGGCUCUUCGGCUUCUCUUUAACUCAAUCACGUCCAUGCACAACGUGUACGCCUCUUUCUCAACGGCCACAAACGACUUGGCCACCAGCUUGCAUGCAGCUAAUAACAAACCGAUGGAAGCUCCACCCGUACGCGAACGCGCUCGGCGUGUGCGCGCCCUGCCUCCGAGACCGCCUCCUCGUGCUCGCCGCCGACUGCAGCAGCAGCAGCAGCCGGGGCAGCUCUCCCACGCGCGUCGCCGCCGCCCCGGCGCAGCAGCACCGGCGCUCCGACGCCUGCGCGUACACGUCGUCCCGCCACAGCAACAGCCACCGCCCCGAGCUCCUCUUCUUCAGCACGCCGCAGGUCGGCCCCGUCACCCGCGCCGCGGACGACGCGCCCCGGGAGAGCGAGCGCAAGAAGUCCUUCCACCGGAGGCGGUCCUUCCUGGCGGCGCUCUUCGGGGGCGGGCGUCGCGGCGGGCGGGACGAGGAGAGCGAGGGCAAGAAGGACCCGCCCCGGCGGUCCACGUCGUGGCUGUCGGCCAUAGUCCGGCGCAAGCGGAGGCCGGACGCGCCGUCAUCGUCGCUGCCGCGGCCGGCGGACGAAGAGCCCGAGUCCCCAGGAGGCAGCACGAGCAGCAGCUGGUGGUUCCCGUCGCCCUCCCCGGCCAGGCACCACCAGCGGCGCAGCAAGCCCGGCGGAUCAGGCGCCAGCGGCGACGGGAUCUCGGGGUUCGCGGUGUGCCUGAGCCCGCUGGUCGGCCCCAGCUGGGGCGGUCCUCGGCGGCCGUACCAGCAGCCGGACCCGUCGACCCUGGGCGAGAGCCACCGGCGGCACCUGUCGGCCAGCAGCGCGGCGUCCUUCGGGCGCAACACCUCAAGGAAACUGGCCGACAUGGGCAGGUUCCGGUGACGCACCCGCCGCUCCGGCCGGCAAACCGCCUCCUCUUUUCCCCCGUCAGAAACAAAAAUCGUUAUCUUGUUGUCCUCCCGCAAAAUUUGACCUCUUGCUGAUGCCAUGCGCUGUCCCUACUCGGUGGAGGAGGAACUUCGACGAGGCCGCGCCGGAGAGCCGGCAAAUGGUGGGAGGAAGAGGAGAGGACUGAGACAGGUGGGCGAAUGCAAAAAAACAGCCACUCUAGCUGACGGAUGGGUCCCCUCUAAUGCACGGGGCCGACGUGAAAUACGGGGAAGUACGCGGUACGUACGGGUCGUGUAUUGCCGGGACUGAGGUUUCAACCUUAGGGACUGUAUUGACAACGUAUUUUCGUAUACCGGACCGUGUUGAAGCACUUCGUAAGUACAAGGACUAAAUUGGACAGUGCCAGCAAGUACCAUGACUAAACGUGUAAUUAUUAUGAUCUUUCAAAGAAAAACGUGCAAUUAUCUCAGGGAGCGUCCCAGUGAUACCCGGGAGUGCCCAUGCUACACAAACUUGGUAAUGCCCAUGAGAUUUUUCGCAAAGGUUUUGUUGUAUGUUCUACUGUAUAAUUGUACUCCCUCCGUCUCAAAAUAAGUGACUCAAAAGUAAAUCAACUUUACA